CACGCCCCGCGCACAGCUGCUGCUCGGGCGGGACCCUGGCUGGACCGCGGGCCCCGGCCUGGGGGCCACAGCUGCCACCGCUGCCGCCACCUCAUCUCCUCCCCGUCCCCGUCCCACCCCGCGUCUCCUCGCCUCACUCGGGCCCGCGGCCGGGGUCCCACCCCGCCGCCCCACCCCGCUCGGAUGCCGAAGGUGAAGGCGCUGCAAUGCGCCCUGGCGCUGGAGAUCCGCUCUGUAACUUGUCCAGGAGUGGUACUGAAAGACAAGGAGGACAUCUAUCUUAGCAUCUGUGUGUUUGGCCAAUACAAAAAGACACAAUGUGUCCCAGCCACCUUUCCCCUGGUAUUCAACGCCAGAAUGGUGUUUGAAAAGGUGUUCCCUGAAGCAGUAGACCCUGGAGAUGUAGUUGCACAGCUUGAAUAUGAUACAGCAUUGUUUGAGUUGAUUCAACUAGUUCCACCAGUGGGUGAAACACUGUCUACAUAUGAUGAAAAUACACGAGAUUUCAUGUUCCCGGGUCCAAACCAAAUUUCUGGACACCAUGAUUCAAACCGCCAGGUUACCAUGAGGAGGAUUUCUGGCCUUCGAGGAAUUGCUCCAAAGCUGGAAUUUUCUACAACCUCAGUAAUUACCGAAUGUCUAAUAAGUUCAAGGAAAUGCCGCACUCAGGAUAAAUUUAUUUACCACAUGGCUCCAAUUGAAAAACCACACUGCAGACUGCAAAGCAGAACAUCAAGAACUCAAAAGAAAAAGUCCAAGUCACCUGAAAGAAAUAAGUAUUGCAUAAAUGCAAAAAACUAUGAGCAACCUACAAUUUCUUCAAAAUCACACUCUCCAUCUCCCUACACAAAAAGACGCAUGUGUGAACUAUCGGAGGAUACUAGGCGGCGGCUGGCGCAUUUAAACCUGGGACCCUAUGAAUUCAAAAAGGAAACAGAUAAACCUCCGUUUGUGAUUAGACAUGUUGAUCCCCCAAGUCCCAGGGCUGAUACAUUAUAUGGAUCUUCUGGCAGAGACUGUGAAAGAGAUGGAUGGACCAGGAUGCACAAUGAUCAUCCUCAUCUUGGCUGCUGCCGGACCAAGGAUUACAAAGUUAUGAGGUCACCCCAUGGGAGAGACUUUGAUGACUCUUUGGAAAGGUGUGAUGAAUAUUUGAGCUCAAGAUCAUGUAGCAAACCCCAGCAUUCAGCGAGAACGCUACUAGUCCAUUCAGCACCCUCAACUGUGCCGAAGCACUCCCCAAGCCCUGUAUUAAAUCGAGCUUCUCUCAGGGAAAGAUUCCAUUCUGAUUGGUGUUCACCUUCAAACUGCGAUGAGAUCCAUGACCGGGUAAAAAAUGUCUUGAAAUCACAUCAGGCUCAUCAAAGACAUUUAUAUGAUGAGAGAGACCUAGAUAAAGAUGAUGAACUGGAACUGAAAAGAGGUCUUUUAUACAGAGACUCUGCCUAUGACAGCGACCCCGAAUAUAGCUCAUUUCACCGGCCACAUGGUACUCUCCAUUUGGAUGAUGGCGAAUAUUGGUCCAACAGGGCAGCCUCUUAUAAAGGAAAAUCCCAUCGACCCAUCUUUGAGAACAGCAUGGACAAGCUAUACAGGAACUUGUACAAAAAGGCCUGUAGUUCUGUUUCUCAUACACAGGAAAGCUUCUGAUACCAUCCACAAUAAACUGUAUGAAUGUC